GUGUCUUUUCUCUCUCUCUUCCCCUUUUCCUCUCCCUCUCCCUCUUCACCAUGUGAGGACAGAGUGAGAAGGUGACCUUCUGCAAGCCAGGAAGAGGGCCUCACCAAGAGCCGAACCAGCUGGCACACAGAUGGUGGGACGUCUCAGUCUCCAGAAAUCUGAAGUCGACUGUGCUUUGUAAAACCGGCUCACCGACCCUCGGGACCUGCAGUGCCUCUGGAUUCCAGCCUCCGGGUCUCCAUGCCAGACAGUCUGAGCAUGCGAGUCGCACUUGCUGUGACACCCUGGAUGCUCUCUGUGGUCUCCAGUUCUUCCUCUCCAGCAAAUACUUUGCCAGAUAUCGAAAAUGAAGAUUUCAUCAAAGACUGUGUUCGAAUGCACAACAAGUUCCGAUCAGAAGUGACUCCAAAAGCCAGUGAUAUGCUAUACAUGACUUGGGACCCAGUACUAGCCCAAAUUGCAAAAGCAUGGGCAAGGAACUGUCAGUUUGCACAUAACAUACAGCUGAAGCUACCCCACAAGCUGCACCCAAAUUUCACUUCACUGGGAGAAAACCUCUGGACUGGGUCUCUGUACCUCUUUUCUGUGUCUUCAGCCGUCACAGACUGGUACAACGAAAUUCAGUACUAUGACUUCAAGACUCGGAAAUGUGACAAGGUCUGUGGCCAUUAUACUCAGAUUGUUUGGGCAGAUAGUUACAAAGUUGGCUGUGCAGUACAGUUUUGUUCUCGAGUUGCUGGCUUUGAAAGUCUUCGCAAUGGAGCACAUUUUAUAUGCAACUAUGGACCAGCAGGCAAUUACCCAACCUGGCCAUAUAAAAAAGGAUCCACAUGCAGUGCCUGCCCCAGUAACGACAACUGUCUGGACAAUCUCUGUGCUAACCCACAACGAGACAAAGUGACACGUUACUACUCUGUUGUGUUUCCAGACUGGCCAAUAUUUCCACGUAACAGAUACACAUCUCUUUUCCUCAUUGUUACUCCACCAAUCCUAAUACUGAGUGUUAUAAUUAUCAGUUUGGUCAAGCACAAAUACCCUCAUUUAGUUCUUCUGAACUAAUACAAUCCAGGGGGGGAAAAAGCCUCAUUCGUACAUGGCUUUAAAAAAUAAAAUUGGGUGUUAUUUCUAAUUUGCAGCAAACCCUUACUCAAAAGAAGAAAUGGUUCAAUUUCCUAACAUUAGAAGGUAAACUCAUCUUUACUUUCCACUUUUUAUGAAGAAGCAUUGUUUUCAUGCUGCCACAGCUGUGACUUUCAGUGAGUAACCUACCCCCCGUGUGCCUUAGCUUCUAAAUAUGUAAAAUCAGUGAGCUAGAUUUAGGCGAGUCCUGGCCCUCAUCAGUAAAAAGCGUUUCUAUGUAACCUGUUGCCUGCUGCUUCAAUUCCAAAUAUCUGGUUUUCCCUGUUCUCUUGCAAAUUUGAUGUCUUUCUGGUUUACUACUUCCUCAGACUCAUAUUGGAAUAGUAAUUAAGGGAAUUAAUUUAAAAGGCCUUGCACUUUUGGAUUAUGGAUUACUCUUGGAACAAAAUGUAAAAUAAGAUUACAAAAAGGGAUAAACCUAAAUGUUUACUUGUUGCCAUUAGAGCACUGAAAAAUCUAUUUUCCUCAAAACCAAAUGCUGGGACAUGAUUAUAUUUAAAGACUAACCGAUGGCCUCAGACAUUGGAUUUGAUGGAUAAUUACAGUAGCUACACUGCAAAAAUCUUUACAUAAACAACCUUAAGAAUUACCCCUAAAACCAUGCCUAGAUAAAACGUGCCUGGAAUAGAUUAGGUGCAAUGCAUAUAAACACAGAUAUACCACCUUCUAGUAUAAAAAUUUUCAAAAAACAUGGAGAAUACAAUAAUUUAUAAAGAAUUGCAGUUUAUGUAAAGAACAAAACAAACUCAGAAAAAAGUGAUCAGGGUAUUACUUCUCAGGGAUAAGGCAACUAAUGCCCUAGUAUCUCAAAAUCCUUUACAAAAGGAGAUAGCUUAAUAAAUUCUAGCUCAGGGAUUUUUGUUUUAUGUAUGUUACUUUUUUUUCUUCUUUUUCUUUUCAUCUGCUUCCAUUUUAAGCUUAACUUCUUCAACUGUAAGGGCUCCCAGUUUCUUACUCUUCGCUUUCUUAACCUUUUCCUUGAU